AUGUCGUAUCAAUUAUUCAUUAUCAUAGUUGUUAUUAAUGCUAUUGGAUUUAUUAAUUCGACAAUAUUAUAUGUCAAUGUAUCAUUCACCGCAGUUUGGGCUGAAAAUGCAACAACAGUAGCAGGAUUAUCGAAUGGUACAGCUGGAACAUCAAAUAAUACUCUCAAUUCUCCUCGUGGUUUAAGUAUUUCAAGUGAUGAUAUUUUAUAUACAGCUGAAUGGAGAAGUGCUCGAAUAGUCGUAGUUAAUUUAACUAGUUUACAAGUUAUUAAUAUCAUUGGAUCAGGCUCAGGUAGUGCAAUCUAUCAGUUUGAUCAUUCUUAUGACGUUAUGAUUGUCAGUCAAUCAUUAUACGUAUAUGAUUCAUGGAACCACCGGAUACAAGAAUGGUCAAGGAAUGGUACAAAUCCAUCGACUAUAUUAACAGGAAGCUUUGGUCAUGGUUUUCAUGAAUUUAAAGAUAAAAAUAAUAACUUAUACAUAAGUGUAUAUGAUAGUCAUGUUGUAUUACGAUUUGCACCAAAUUCACAAACUGCAAUAACAAUUGCUGGUACUGGAGUUGCUGGAACUUUAUCAAGUCAAUUGAAUUCACCUAAUGGGAUAUUUGUUGACGAUGACCUUACUUUAUAUAUUGCUGAACAUCUAAAUCAUCGCAUUUCAAUGUGGAAAUAUGGAUCAUUUUUUGGAACAAUAGUUGCUGGUACAGGAACACCUGGUAGUAGUUUACAACAACUCAAUAAACCUACUGACGUUGUUCUAGAUCCAUACGGAUAUAUGUAUAUUACUGAAGAAGGAAAUAACCGAAUUGUUCGAUGGAAACUUGGUUCUGACUCUGGCAUUUGCAUAGCAGCUUGUACUGGUAUCAAUGGAACUCGAAUGAAUCAGUUAUAUGCUCCUGUUAGCAUUGCAUUUGAUAGUACCGGCUCAUUAUAUACUAGUGAUUAUUUUAAUAAUAGAGUACAAAAAUUUCAAUUUCUGUAUAAUGCAAAUCAAACAACAAUAACAACUACAGGUCACUCGAUUGCAACAGUACCGACUGCAUCAACCUUACGUAUUACGACAAAAUCGACUACAAAAAUAACAACAACAAAGCGCAGCUUAAUGACUUCUACGACAAAUAAUGGUCAAAAAAUAUCAGCAUCUUUUACAUUAUCUGGAACAACAAUUAUGGGAUGUUAUCUUCUAUUUAUGACUCUAUAUUAUAACUGCUAA